AUGAAGCUCCUCAUCACUAUCACCCUUUGCUGCUUGGCUGUAGCAGUCUUGGCCUUCCGUCUCCAAGUACCAGCCUCAAGCUCUUUGGACGCAGCACCAACUUCAGCGCCAUUCAAGAUUUCAGUACCAGAGCCCGGCUUGAAGAACGAACAGCGAGCAACGCUGCCUGCUAAGCAGAACAAGAUGCAAAUGCGAAAGCGCGACAUCUCAGAAGUCGGGUUGAUUGGUGCCAUUAUUGGAGGUCUAUUUGGUAUGAAACCGCCAACUUCUGUCGAGAUGGCAAUGAUCUCAAGUCUGGUUAUAGGAGCUUUGGGCCACUGGUGUAUUGUGGACAUUAUGGACAUUAUGUAGAGAUACACACCAAGACUUCAUUCGUAACGGCAAAUUGAAGACGACGAGGGAAAAUGUAGCAGAAUAACGUAGUGUCUUCUGAGAAACGUGAAUUGAUCGAGACUCGGGCCGCUAAGUCUUAGUCGGCCUCACUAUAAUUAUGGGCGGCUCUGGCUGAGACGGUUCGUCAGGAAUAGUUGCGGAUGAGCCCGCUGCUAGUUUAAAAGUCUUAGUAGUUUAACAACCUGCAAAACAUUGCA